GUUCUUCGCCGAGAAUUCAGUCAGAGCACACUCAAGGUAGGUUUCAUUUCGUCUCAGAAUGCUGAGGAGAUUCACCUUAAAAAAGAGACCAAGCUCUGAGACAAAUUAGUGCUCUCCCUUCUCUCGAAACUCUCUUUAACCAAUAUAAUUUGCUGAAGAUUCUUUUUAAAGAAAUUACCAUUUCCUUGUCCCAAAGGUUUGCCCUCCCCACAUGGAGAAACCAAUCAAGUUUUUCCCAUCAAGUUUAGAUUAGCUUCAUGUUUCCAGUUAGUUUGCUGUUCAGCCAGAACUUUUACAUAUUGUCUACCAGAUUAAUGAGUUUUCAGACUCUGAAAUUAGAUGUCGUCAGUUGUCCACGCAUUCCCAAAGGGACUUCGCUUUACUGUUUCGCGUAUAUAUUUUGAAUAGGCUGCCUUACGAGUUUCCCCUCAAUGAUCCAAAAAAAAAACUUAAUCUUGGUGAAGUAGAUGUGUAACAAAGCCUCUCUGUCUCUCGAUACUCCUAAAUUUUCCGAUAGCAACGUUAAUUGCACAUUGUUGCAUCGCUGGUGAUGGACAAAUUUACACCCAUUUGGCAAAUUUCCGUGGACAAUGAACAUGCAGGGGUGGAAAUUUUUUGAACUUUAAGCUUGCUUAAUGCAUCACUUUGCUACAGUAAAAAAUUUACUCCUAUCACUAGAUUUUCUGAGGAUUUGAAAAUCCCAUAUUGAUAAACAACUCGGUGUUCCACUAGAGCACAAAUUCAUCUUCGUAUUAAACACUUUCUGCUCUCUCUUCAGAUAAACCGUCAACAUGAGAUAUCUGGUCGUUCUGGGCCUAAUCUUGAUCAGCACCGUGCUUUUCACAUCGGCUGGCAAGAAAUACAAAUGUGGUCCCAUUGUUAAGAAACACAACUGCGAGUGCAAAGCCAAAUCAGCGGGCCAAUUGAAACUUGAAGAUGGGAAAUUGCUGAUGUGUGAUGGCAGUGAUUAUAAACCUCUGCAGUUUGAAAUGCCUACUCCCAAAAAUUCAAGGGCGAAUCCAGCUUAUUCGUGUAAGGAAAUCAUGGAGGAAGAUUCCGCAGCCGACGAUGGAAUUUACUGGCUUACGUUCAAGAGUAAGAUCAAAAAUAUUUUUAACUUUAAUUUCUGGAAGCUUUUUAAGUAAACUCUGUUAGUCAUGUAGAGAGGGCGAAUGGUAAAAUUUAAGUCUCGUCAAAACGUCCUGACCUCGGUUUGAAAGUUCGAGAAUAAAUAAUGUUGGCUAAACAGCUUUUCAUCAUUUAAUAACCUCGACCCACUCAGAUAUAUUUUUCAGAUAUUAUAAAUCGCUGUUUAGAUUGUCAAACCUCUUUCGAGUUUGUCUUGGCAAUAGAUCUCUGAUGAAAAAUUGCAAUAUUUUCAAACGGCAUGGAUGAUAUAGAGACUUUCCACAUCCACAACCAUAACCCUAAACAACUUCAGCUGCCCUGUGAAACUUUGAGCCUCAUCGCAAAGGUUGACGCGAUUUCACGUCUGGAUAAAACAUUUGCAAGACCCAAGACCGAUCAAGUUUCUAGGUGACAUUCGCCACAGUUGUACCAAUGGCUUAUCAUAGGUCUAUCCUCGCUUGGAACAAAUUUGCCAACGGAUGCUCACUGAAAGGGUGAAUUCAUUUCACUAUUUUGAACACAGGAAGUUCACCUUUGAUUGUUUUUAAUUGAUUAAAAACGCUUGUUUUACAAGUGAUCUUUCAAACAGAGGGGUGUAAGCACAAUAUGAGUUUUAAAUCAGUUAGGAAUGAAGUUCACCUAUUCCAAGUUUUAACAAAAUUUUCGUUUCAUAUUCAGGUGAUCCCAGUGUUUUUCCAGUUUACUGUGACAUGUCUAAUGGAGGUGAGUUUAAAGUUAUUUUGAGUUUAGCUUGAUUUGAUCACAAAAAGGAUAUCAUGUGCUGACAGUUGAGCAUCUGCCUCAGGCCUUUUCACAAUUUUGCAUUUCUACAGUUUGCUAGUGCUUCUUUAACAUCCCUUUUCUUUUAUUUUGAAAAUAACGAUCUUGCAGUUUGCGUUGUAAGGUCAAACUGAUGUUUUAACAUCUGGAAAAAUUUUCUACUUUUCCUCAGCGUUAUUCCUUGUGAUUGAGGGUAGAACAUAAUAUUGAAAUGUUGCUAAACGAGCAAUUGCAUUCCUUCAUGGGAUUCUGCGGGCAAGCUUCUGGCAUGACAGGUUAUGGUAUACAAAUUAUAAGGUCUUCAAAAAAAAAUCUUUAGGAGUAUUAAAAAAAAUGAAAAACCUAAUUAUAAAAAAUGUUUUAUAUCGAGGUAAGAACAGAAGGAGAAUAGUUCUUAGGAAGCACUGGUCAGCAAUUAAAUUUGUUUGUCAAAAAUGAAAAUAGCAUUUUCAUUUUGUUACUGUGUAAUUUGGGUUUGUUACCGUGGUACUGAAAUACCUUUGACUAUAAUAUGUAGACUAAUUUUGUUUAUUACCUGUUCUCCUGUUUUCACAAGGAUGGACCAUGAUAUUCAAGGCGGUGUCCGGGGCGAAGGAAAGUGCUUUCAAUACUUUCAAUUCGGGUGAAACUCUCGCUGAGAAUGACAUGAGCGCUCUCGACGUCACUAACCAGCACCUUGGCGACUACAAAAGCAGGAUAAUCCUGAAGUGGGCUGAGUUUGCUGCAUCUGAGGUAACAAGGGUGUUAAUAACGUUAAACAUGAGGGCCAUAAGAAAUCUUGAGGUACACAGGUCUGUCAUGUACCCGUUGGGUGAUAAAAGUCAGUUGUAAGAGGAGCGCUUCUCUAGCUUCUCGCACGCGUCUCACAUGCAGGCAGAGGUACAUAUGACAUGGUAUGACACGCACCAGAAAUCACGAUGAACCGGAUUAAACUCAACCGUAACGGUAGCCAAACAAGAUAUAAUUUACACAGGGUUCCUUGGGCAGAAGUUCUUUAAAGGAAACUAGGAGCGAUAAUUAUCUAUUCUGCGUUUACAGGCCAAAGUUGUCCUUUACGAAGACGGGAGCGCUGUCAAGAAGCUUUUCUUCGACGCCACGGGAACGGACAAAUUGAACUGGUUUUCAAAGGAUAAAUUGAAGGAGCCCUUGCCAUGGGAAAAUGUGAAAUCAGAGGAACAGAACUCCUUUUCCAUCCAAGGAUUGACCAAUCGUAACUUCUUCAUCAACAGGAGUUAUGGUGGCUGCCCUGCUGAUGAUGGCUGGCUGUGUAUUACCUCAACUCCUUGUGAAUGGGAAAAGCGUUAUGGAGUAAACGCUGUGUUGUACAGCACGUUGGCUACACACACCAACUGGAACACUGAAGGUGAGUAUAUUGACAUUACGAAUUAACUCCCAGCCAAGGAAGAGGAAACUGAACAAGACCGCCACGCUUUUCCUUUGAUAAAACUAAAAUGCAAAGCUGAUGAGGCUAAGAGAGGGAGAAGAAUUUUCAAGCCUUCGCUUUCUGCUCAGCAUUGAUUAUUGAUUAUCAGUGGGCCUUAUCUGAAUCCCUUCAUAUAUUAGGGCGCUUUGGAAUGAGUGUUGUGAUACCAAAACCAACAUUAUCACAACAGCCAAUCAGUUGAUGAGUAAAUAUUACAAGAAGUCAAUGAAAGUGACAACUAGCAAACGGCUUGAAGCGCGAAAAAACGCGGCUGGCCAAAUCACCAUUGGUUUUAAUUGAAAAUCUUAAUCUUAUUGGUUGAAAAUUAAUGUGACACAUUUUUCUUUUGGACCAGUCAUGUACAGCAAAGAAAAGGUAAUCCAAACCAAUUGCUCUAACCACUCUGUGAAAAGUUGUUCUAUCUUAGAAAAAUUGAGAAUUUAAUUCUAACUUGUGUCGUCGUAGUUCAGCUGGAAGCAGCGUCCAAACAGUGUCUGAAUGCUGCGGAUCCAAGCCCUAUUGAGGCUUCAGCUUUUCAAGAGUUGAUUUUUGCAUUUUAUCAAAUUGCUAAUUACUUUGGAGCAUCAUACACCUAAUUGAAACCUAAUUAAAACCUAAUGAAAACCUAAUGAAUCCUAUUGUGGAGCAAGUAUAUAAUAUAGGCCAUACCUUUUUUAGGGUAGGGACCUCCCUUUCUUGUUCCUAAACAGUUUUUGCGUUCAUUACUGGGAAGAUCAUUCUCAUAUUCAAUGAAAUAACGUUGUUGGAAGAAACAAAAAUAGAAAAGGAAAAAGCAAAGUAGGAAGUGAUCGGCACAUAAAAGUACUGGCUCUGACCAUAAUCCCUCAACAGGAAAAUUUUCACAGAAUUUCCUGUGAAAAAUUCUCUCAAAGUUCUGGAGCGUGUCAGAAGUCUGUUUGGAAAUUUAACGUGGUUCCAAGAAGGCAAAAAAUAAAAAUCAUAUGCUAAUGCCAUAUGACUAUGCUAGUUAAUUUGAAUUUGGCUUUUUUCUUUUUUCCUCCAAUUUCCCUGUUAUUGCAAUCGGGGGUAUAACUUUUAAGUAAAAAUUGAUUUGAUGAAUUAGAAAAUAAUGAUCAUAAGAGUUUUAGUCACAAUCAUAAUAAUGAUGUGAAUUCCGCAGCAUUUCGACUGGUUUUCUGAAAACUGAGAUCCUCUUUUUUUCUGUCACUUUUCAGCUAACGUUGCUAAGGCAGAUGUUCUGGCGGUUUUCUUGCGCUAAGGUAAAAAUUGAAAUGAAAACGUCCCUGUUAUUUAUUCCCUGUGUGAGAUGAAAAGUACAAUUUCCGAUGCAAAACUUUAGUGGACAGAAUGUAUUUUUGAAAUAGCUAAAAUUGGAGAUUGUGUAAAAGGCAUGAAACAACCUACAAUUGUCCCUCGAUAUUAAAUGCUGGAAAUCACCCAUCCCAGGACCUAAAUUUCAAAAUUUCCUGGGAGGGGGGGGGGGGACACCCCUGACCCCCGUGCCCUCAGCAGACAUUUAUCGGGACCCCAUUUACUAUACCCGGGGUCUGCCCCAGAACUCUUCUUCACCAGAAGCCUUGAACAGAGAAUGGCCUUUUCAUUUCCUAGGUAAUGUGUAUUUUCUAAAAAUUGUUGUUAAAUUUAAUUCUUUAAUGCUCAUCUUAACAAUCUGUUACUUAAGACAAUAAUUUGAGUUUAGCCUAAUAAAUGAUGAGUGACAAAAAGCCUUCAACACUAAAUAAACUACCCAACUUUUUAUUUCAGAGCUGACUGCCACUGAAUAUGUACAACAUCAGAUGGCAGAAAAUCGAGGCAGUAGAUUACUUGCUUUUUCCGCAGGGUUUCUUGUGAAGGGAUUUGCUGAUGAACCAAGCUAAUAGGCGGAGAUUUGAAGUCUCUUGCCCUUACUACA